AUGGCCCCGAUCCCCCAAGUCAUGUCAGAUGCAAGCUCGCCCGAGGAAGGUCGCCGUCGUUCCUCACCAAGCGCGGAUGGCACGAUCUUGCUGAAAACAACCGACGUGAAUGGGCUGAGGAAUCUCGCUGCGUCGAAGGAGGUCGGUUACUAUCUCAUCCCUGUCGAAGGCAACCUUGGGGAGAUUUCGGGGCUGUCCGUCGAGGCUAACCAAACGUUUGUGUUUGUUCUAUCCACAGAGCCCUUUUGCGUGCUUUUACGCGCUGUGUUCUGUCCUGCGUUUUGCAUGUCCCCCUGGAAGACAAAGACACAUGGGCCUUUGCCCACUUCGGGGAAUGAGUCGAGUGGCACCGGGGAUGAUGCGGCGGCGGCGGUGGAUCUUGCCCCUGUCGCUCCUUUUCCGGUGGCCUUUCUGCCUCGAUCGUGUUCAUCACGGGGAGCGCCGGUGGUUGUUGAUGCGGACUCGUCGCGCACGUCUUUUGUUGCAUCGUUGUCUGUGAUCGAGGAGGAGGAGGAGGAGGAGGAGGAGGAAGAGAAGGCGAAGAUGAAGGAUGAGUAG